AUGCAGAUCAGCCCCGGGAGAGGAAACAACUCAGGAGCGAACCACGGGACGGAUGGAUUGAAAGCGUCACAAGGGGGAGACCCACGAAAGGGAAGGGAGCAAUACAACUACGAGUUUGCGGAAAGCUUCUUCAGCUCGAACGAUCAGCUUAACACCUGCGCACUGGACAUCGGAGGGACGCUAAUUAAAGUUGCCUACCUGAGUGACCACUACGUAAGUGGUGGAGGCCAACAAAAGGGGAAGACCCAAUUCUUGAGCAUCAAAAUUAGAGGGAGCCAAAAUCUGUAUGUUCACUUCUUCAACGUAAAUGAGCUUAACCACACGUUGGCCUUUUUAAUUAAAAAUGGAUUGAUGAGACAAAAAAUAUUUCUGACCGGUGGGGGGGCUCACAAGUUCUUCUUCUACAUAAUUGAUCGGAUCGUCAAACAGGAGGUGAUUAUCCGGAGGGGCGUUUCAGAGGAGUGCCCCCUAUGGGUUUCCAAGUGUCACCACUGCGAGACGACACGCACUCUAUCUGUGGAGCUGCACCCACGGGGGAGUAGCCUCCCUGGUGGUCAUACCCACGAGGGGGUCCCCUUCACCAAAGCUGUGUUGGACUCCUUCCCUGCCUGCGAAACGGUUCGCAUAUAUUUGGUGCGGGAGAAGGUGAAGCAAGAGGGAGAAGGCUCCCUCCCCAGUAAGGCCCCCUACCAACGGGUGGAUAAAUCAACCGAUGGGGGAGACAACUCCCCGGAAAAGGAACUCCAAGGUGAGCUCAUUCUACAAUGCAGUCGGAAGGACGAAAUGCACUGCGUGAUGAAUGGGCUCUACAAACUUCUUAGCGUAAAAAAAAGUGUUGUGAGGUACGAUCUAUUAAUAAAGAAGGAGGUACCUGUUCAGGUGAAACUUCCCUAUGAGCCAUUUAUCAUUGCCAACAUAGGGUCAGGCAUUUCCAUUCUACUGUCUAAUGGGCAUAACAAAUAUAGGAGGAUCGGGGGGACGGCCAUCGGGGGGGGGACGCUCUUGGGGUUGGCUCAGAUGAUUUUGCAGAAGGUAUCCUUUGAAGAGCUUAUCAGGUUGGCCGCCCCCCCUGGUAGGCACUCCUCCCCUGGUGGGCACUCCUCCCCAUUGGACCUAACCCUGAGGCAUGUGAGGCCAGACGCAGCUUGCACUGGCGCCCCCCCACAUGCAGAGCACGCCCUGGCAGCGAGCUUCGGACACUUGAGCAACAUUUUAAAAAUGAAAAGUGUGGAAGACGAGAAAUCAAUUGGGCAGGCUGUAGCCAGGAGCCUCAUCACCAUGGUGUCCUUCAAUAUAGGUUACUUGCUUCACCUCCUUGCACGGAUCCACGGCGUGCGCAGGUGGGACGUUUCCCCUUUUUUUUGGCUAUCCUAA